GUCGCUCGUCUCGCUGCACCCGCUGUGAGUGUGUGUGUGCGUGCGUGCGUGCGUGUGUGUACCCGUGUCUGUGUGUGUACCGCUCUGUCGUCCGCAUUGCUGCUGCUGCUGCUACCGCACGCCAGCCACCCGCCCGCUCGCUCUUGGUGCGGCAUGAUCACGCCAAUGUCGCCGGCCAGCUCCACCCCCAGCAUUCACAUAUAUGAUACCGCCUCCUUCCACCGCUAUUCCAUGCCCCAUCACCACCGCCCCUCUGGAGCCAUGCCCAUUCCUCGAGCUCGCGACGAGGUUCCUCCGCCCUUGCCUCCUCCCCGGAACUUGGAUCUCAGCGAGGAAGAUGCCGGUUGGAAAUGGGGCAACACCAAUUCCCCCAGCGACACUGGCUUUGGUGGUCACCGUUUGGCUUCUGUCAAGCCUGGCUCGAGCUUGCUAGGCGGCUUCGCAACCACCGGCCCACCUUUCCACGACUCGUCCAGAGACACCACCUUUACCAACUCCCGCGCCCCUUCCAUCUCAAUGUCGCUGGACGAGAUGAGUUCCACGGGCAGCCCGGAGAGCGAAGAUGAUCACCACAAUCACCAACAACAUGCCCAACGCCGCCCCACCCUCGCCGACUAUAGGUUUACCAGCGAGCAAAAACUCGGCAUAGGCGCCCUCAAGUCCUCGUCGCGCUCCUACGACCAGCAGCUGCUUGCCAAAAUCGGCGGCCCCAACACUCCCACGCGAACAAUCGCCCCUCCCCUCUCGACCAGCGCCCAGGAGCCUGCCUCGAAUGCGCAGAGUCCCUUCAGCAAGCGCAAUGGCCAAUUGAAGCCGCUCAACGUACCCGAUCGUCUACAACCAUCCAUCGACUCUCCCGUGUCGCGCUGGCCCCCUUCUGGCGCCAUAUCUCCCGGCUUCACUGGCUUCCGCAGCCCCGUGUACGACUCGGGAUCUACAGAUGCGCACACGCGGAGAUUUGGCAGCGUAUCCACCCCUGGGACCAUGGAUGACGCUGCCUCUCUACGCCGUGGGAGUUACGAGCCCAGCAUCUUUUCAGAGUCCGACUUCAUCAUGGAGGAAAACGGCAUGCGCGACUUGAACAUCAACGAUCGGAGUCCCGCUGCGUCGGAGGAUUACCAGACGGGACCAAACGGCGGUCUGAAACGACGUGCGUCCUGCUCUCCCUCGGAGGCGGCGCGUGAUGACCGUCCCACGGGCGGUGGCAACUCUGACUUGUAUCACCGCCGUUCUGCGCAAAUGCUAGUCAGCCGCAACUCACCGGCGUCACGCUUUCCAGCUUCCCAAGCGUCGCUGUCGUCGAUAUCGAGCCUUAGCCAGCGCACGGCUUCGUUCGCUUCCUCGUUUGGGUUUUCGGCGGCAAGUAGCAUGACAAGCUAUAGUGGGGACCAGCGUCUCUCGCCUAGCGUCUUAUCACCCUCCUCGGCGGCGGAAGUGGAUUUAGGCCCUGCCUCGCCGUAUGCAGCUAGUCGGUCCCUCAACCCUAGCCCGCGUGGUUCGCUGUCGAGGCCCCCCCAACGCACCGUGUCCGACAUGGAGCACGCUCAAAUCCGCAAAAUGUCGACCGACAGCGUGCUGCAAUCCCGCCAGAACUCCAUUGUCGGACGCCUUCCCGGCGCCUACAUUUGCGAAUGCUGUCCCAAGAAGCCCAAAAAGUUUGACAGCGAGGAACUGUUGCGUGCACACGAGUCCGAAAAGCAGUACACAUGCCAGUACUGCCCCAAUCGCUUCAAGAAUAAAAAUGAGGCCGAGCGGCAUCAGAACUCUCUCCACCUUCGGCGUCAUUCCUGGUCGUGCGCAGCGCUUGCAGGCGUGCAUGCUGUGUUCCAUGCAUCGCCAACCCAUUCGAGCGUAGCCGACGUUUGCGGGUAUUGCGGUGAGGAAUUCCCUCGUCCAGCCAAUUGGGAAGCUCGGACCGAGCAUUUGAAUCACGUGCACAAGUUUGGCGAGUGCAACCAGGCAAAGAAGUUCUUCCGUGCCGAUCACUUCCGACAGCACCUGAAGCACAGCCAUGCUGGCAGCAGUGGUAAAUGGACAAACAUGCUUGAGAACGCAUGUAUGAAGGAUGAGCCCCCACCAAAAGAGCGUGUCGGAUCCAUAGGCGCCAUGCCUGCGCCCAUCAUUGCUUCCCUCGCACCAAAACCGGAUGUUAUUAACGAAGUUCACGAAGAAUCAUGA